AUGGCUUCGGAUGCUUUGGCGAUUUGGGUCGUGUGGCUAGGCAUCCACGAGGAGAUGCUCAAGGACAAAGUGCGGACCAUGACGUAUAAAAAUGCAAUGGUGAACAGUCCACACAUUUUCCGUGGCAAAACGGUGCUCGACGUCGGAUGCGGGACCGGUAUCCUCAGCAUGUUCGCCGUCAAGGCGGGCGCAAAGCACGUCGUUGGUAUCGACAUGUCGAAUAUCAUUGAUCAGGCCCAAAAGAUUAUCGAGGCGAACGGCUUCAAGGAUACUAUCACUCUUGUCAAGGGAAAGCUGGAAGAGGCAGAGCUUCCUAUCCAGCAGUUUGAUAUCAUCGUGUCGGAGUGGAUGGGAUACUUCCUACUUUACGAGUCCAUGCUCGACACGGUACUCCUUGCUCGCGACAAGUAUCUAGCACCCGGCGGUAAACUCUUCCCUGACAAGGCAACAAUAUACAUGGCCGCUAUCGAAGAUCAGGAAUACAAGGAAGAGAAGAUCAAUUUCUGGGACAACGUCUAUGGAUUCGACUACUCUUGCAUCAAAGAGGUUGCACUACGGGAACCACUAGUCGACACUGUCGACAUGAAGGCCGUCGAGUUUGAUCUUCAAACUGUCAAGAAGGAGGACUUGAGCUUUACCGCGCCGUUCCGACUUCAAGUCUCUAGAGAUGAUUAUAUUCACGCUUUUCUCGCUUGGUUCGACAUUAAUUUCUCGGCGUGCCACAAGCCGGUCGGUUUCAGUACCGGUCCACAUGCCACGUAUACUCACUGGAAACAAACCGUGUUCUAUACCAUUGACCCCAUUUCGGUGGUCAAAGGUGACCUUGUAGAAGGAGUACUGUCUUGCGCACCCAAUGAGCGAAACAACCGCGACCUUGACAUUGUGAUCGAGUACGAGCUCAACGGAGAGGCCACAGGGGGGACCCAUGGUCGCGAAGCAAAGGACCGCAUAGAAUACAAAAUGUCAGUCCAUCCUCCGUACAUCGUUCACCCCCGGUUGUACUGA